GUCGGUGUGGCGCUUCAGUCAACCAUUCUCUAAGCGGAAGUUUACUUUCUUACGGAGUCCCGGCAGAAAAGGGGGAGGAAGUAAGUGAGGUGUGCCUGUGUUUUCUUUGUGCAGAUUUCCGAUAUAUUUUAAAAUGUAUUUUGUGUUUUUUUAAAAAAAUAAUCAUUAAAUAUUUAAUAUAUACAAUAUAGUAUUUUAAAAUAUCCAGUAUAUAAUGUUGUUGGCAUCCGUCCCUCUCGAGAGACAAUAGAAGAGCGCAAGCCUGGGCAGUGUGCAUGGAGGUGCUGGGCUGCUUAGAUGACAAGACCCCCCCUCUCGGCCUCGCUUUCCUUCGUCUCGAGAGACAAUGGCGUGCUCCUCCGGUGGUGAAGACAAUAGCAGCACCAAAGUGACCUUCCCAGGGCACAAGUCUGAGGAGCGUUUAUGGAGGUCCUGGGCUGCUCAGAAAACACAACUACCCUCUCGGGCCUCGCUGAUGUGGUCCAAAGGAAAGCAAAACAGUACAUUUGACACCAGGGUGGCUGCAGGAGUUGACGGAAGGAGGUCUACAAGGCACCGUCCAACCAUCUUAGGAACUCCGCUCCUGAUUUGUCCCGCAAGGGAGCGGACAGAGAUUAUUCCUCAAGGUUUACUCCCAGCAGGAGGAAUGCAGUUUGGUUUCAGCACACAGAAUAUGAUAGUAGAGCAAGUCUACUACCAGAUGGAUGGAAAAACAAUUAAGGUUUAUUGGAACUUCUUAGUUUCCCAUGUCUCUACUGAUUAGCAAUAAAUCUUUGAGUGAACCAUGCAGAUGAAAAAUAAGCUUUUGAAAAAUAUGUGAUUGCUAAUGGUCUUCUCUCUGAACUCUUAUUUCUCAUUUUAGCACCUCAGAGGAUCUCAGGGGCCCAAGGCACAGGUGGAGGAGGGAGUGUGCAGCUUGGAGUCUGCAGUAGAGAUGGUGAACGUGGGGUUGUCUCGUGUGGACGAAGCGGUGGCAGCCAAGCACCCGGGGCUACAAGAAUAUACUGCCUGCCAGUCUUAUGCAUUCAUGAAGGGCAUGGGGACAUUUAUUGCAGUCUCCGGGAUGGCUUUUGGUCUUCAAAAAUUCAUCCGGAAGCUUCACUACCCACUCCAGUGGAACAUCCUGCUCUCCUUUGUUGCAGGUUCAGUUGCAAGCUAUACAGUGACUCGAUGGGAGACACAGAGGUGUUCUGACUUAUGGAUCUUUCUGGAGAGCAAACAACCCAGUGUCCCAGAUGUAGCCAAAGAGAAAGUGCCCCAUUUGGACCCCCAGAAGGAGACAGAAGCCGGUGCAAAAAGGAACAAGUAUGGAGAUGUCAUGGACUAGCCUGAAAAUCCUAUUGCAGAAAUUUAACGCAUUUGGCUCAUGGAGUCAACCCAUUAAAUUCGGGGGGAGGGGGAUGGAUGGAGGCAGAGCAAAUGACGCUACACAACAUUUCAAAGACAUCUGAAGCAGCCCAGUAUCAGGAAGUUUUUAAUGUUUGGCGUUUUUAUUUGUACUGGAAACCCAGCCAGAUGGGCACAGUAUAAAUAAUAAAAUGAUGGUGGUGGUGAUGAUGAUUUAUUUCACUAUAACCCCCCCUUAACUUCCCCACUAGUUCUGAUAUGGCAAUGAUAAGGCUAUAGUAUUAGCAGUGAAUGUCCAAUUUCUUGUUUAAUACGAGCCCAGUCUGCGACCUUCAUGUGCUGGUUCUGUCACCCUUAAAGGUAAAGGGACCCUUGACCAUUAUGUCCAGUCGUGGCAGACUCUGGGGUUGUGGCACUCAUCUCGCUUUAUUGGCCGAGGGAACCGGCAUACAGCUUCCGGGUCAUGUGGCCAGCAUGACUAAGCUGCUUCUGGCGAACCAGAGCAGUGCACGGAAACACCGUUUACCUUCCCGCCAGAGCGGUACCUAUUUAUCUACUUGAACUUUUGACGUGCUUUUGAACUGCUAGGUUGACUGUCACCCUUGCAGUCAACAAAUAGUGGUUGCUUCACCUGGUCUCAUGGGUGGGCUGGCCCUGGUAUAUAUAGUUGCAUGCCACCCCAAUCUCUGAGCAGUGCAAAAUCCCAAGGGUUCCAUGCACUUUUGGAAAUGAGACACAGCAGAGACUGUGAUGUCUUUAUGAUAUAUGGUUUAUUUACACAUAUAUACAACCUGAGCCUAUGAUGGAAGGGCUCACAGCAGACCCCCCAAAAGGGUCUUCUCUCAUAGUCACAGCCUUGGAUUCAGACAGACAUCAAACAUUGCUCUCCCACCCACCUCGCUGUCUCUCCAGCUUACAGUUUUCCUAACUCCUCUUCUCUAAACUCUGGCUUUAUCUGUUGAAGGAGAGAAGGCCCGCCUUUUGCCAAUCUAGCACAACAAGCACUUUGAUCCCUGGUCCUCUUAAUGGCCCAUCGCCCAGGAUGCUAGCCUGGCUUAAUUAGCUUUUGACACUUGCUGCAUCCUGGAAUCAGAAGUGUCUAGCACUCAGCUUAACACACAAGCCUUGAUUAAAUCUAACACCUGCUGGGUCCAGGGAUUAUAGAGGGCUGGGAUCCACAAACUCAUAAAAAUAUUAUGGUUUGUAUCCAAUGCUAGUCCCACUUAGAGUAGACGUUCUGAAAUGAAUGAACAUGACUAACUUGGGUCCACUAAUUUAAAUUGGUCUUUUCUGAGCAAAACUUGGUCAGCUAUAACUAUGUUUGUAUGCAUAUGCUCCCAUCCUCCCCCAAAAAUCCUGUGGAUGCUGAUGAUGUAUUAUAAAUACAGCAAAAUAUACAGGCUUUUGGGAAGAAAUAUUUAGAAAUGGUGGCAUUUUGGGUCAAUUUUAUUUGAUGACAAAACAAGAAUUAUACAGAAGAUAAAAAAUAAUAAUAAAUUAUUAGGGUUUAAAUCUACCUCUGAAAUUUUUAGGAUUCAAAUCGCCAGGUGAAAUUGAUUCCACUGAACUGAAACCUUUUUUUAUCUUUUGCUUCAACAGAGCAGAAUUUCAGCUAAGUCCAUUACUAGUUGAUCAUUCAAGGGUGAGGUACUAUGAAUUUAGAUGGUUCUGCUGAUGUGUCAUUAAGAACUUUUGGCUUUCGCUGAUGCUUCUUUUCAGAUCUUUGGGGUUUUCUUUUUUUCAAUAUGGGAAAGCCCCAAUAAAGCAAUAUCCCACAGAUGAAGAAAUAUAUAUCUGAGGAGGGAAAGACAAGCAAGCUAGUAUUAUGAAUCUAAAAUGCAGAAUGCUGAAGGCAUCACGUUCUAGAGCAUCUUUGCUACUGUCUACACAAUUUGUCCAGAAUAAAAAACUUAGAAAGGAGAGC